AUGAAGCGGCGAAAUGCCGAAACUGGGAAGAUGCGGCGCCCCCUGAAGCGCACAAAAAUCACCGAAGGAAUGUACGGAAAUUCAAUGCUGUACCUGAAAUUUGUAAUGAUUUGGGCAACAGUUGUGAUGGCUGACUACAUGUUGGAGUUCAGAUUUGAGUUCCUCUGGCCCUUUUGGAUGAUGCUGAGAUCAGUAUAUGAUUCAUUUAAAUAUCAAGGACUUGCAUUCUCAGUGUUCUUCAUUUGCAUAGCACUCACAUCUGACAUGAUAUGUUUCUUCUUUAUACCACUGCAGUAUAUAUUUUUCGCUGCAAGUACCUAUGUAUGGGUACAGUACGUGUGGUACACAUUUGCAGACAAAGGUGUCUGCGUACCGACUGUAGCGAUGUGCUGCCUCUUAGUUUACGUAGAGGGGUUAUGGCGGGGGUCUCGGGGGGGCGGGGAGUUAUGUAGGCCGCUGGCCGCACACUGCGUCGGCUACCCCGUAGUUACCCUAGGUUUUGGAGCGAAAGCCUUAAUAGCACACCGUCUUAGACAAAGGCGGCAAAGGCAUGUCAGAGCCAUGAAUGAGUUUUAUUUCCAGCUCAUGAGGGAUGCUCUGCCAGAAUCUGCGCUUGACCAGUCGCAGAGCCAGCAGCAGCCGGCCACGAAAGACGCGAGCACCGUCGCCAACGGCAGCGCAGAGGGGGGAGGUGCACAGUCGCCCAGCGGGGACACGAAGCAUAUGAACGGCUCGUUGCGGCGGCGGUGCUUCAAAACCGUGGACCAAAAUGGCCACUGUGUACAAGAGCACGCACAGCUACAAGCUAAGUUAGAGAAAUUAGAGAAGCAUUUAGCUGCACAAACAGCAGCACGUGAGCGUGAGAAGACACAAGCGCAAACAAACAGUGCGCACGUGAACUCCAAUAGUGGGGCCCCCCACCACGGGCUCAGUAAUGGCUCCGCGUGCCACGCGCCGCCUGACGAAGACGACAAGCCUGAACACAGUAGUAGAGGUGGUGCUAAAAACCCAAAGUCAGAAAAGAAAGAGGCUAACACAUUAAAAGAAGAAAAAAGAAAGCAUAAAAAUAGAGAUAAAGAUAAGGAGAAUAUUGAUAGUCAUAAGAGUACAGAACACACAAAAGAACAAUUAUGCGUGGAGCAGCUGCGGCAGGCGCGGGCGGAGCUGGCGACGGCGCGAGCGGGCGAGGCGGAGGCGCGCCGUGCGCUGGCCGCCGCCGCAGCCGCCGAGCGCCAGCGCCGCGCUGAUCAUGCUCAGCUCAAGCAGGGCGCACGCCGCUCUGCAGCAGAGAGUGAGUACGUGGCGCAGCGGCGAGCGCGCGACGCUGGAGGCGGCGCCUGGGCGAGGAGCGGCGCGCGCGCACGCAGGCCGAGCACCAGCUGCUGCGGGCGCGACACCCAGGCACGGACGCCCAGCGGCGAGGUGCGAAAAGCGAAGCGUGUCGGUCGCGGCGGUCUGCAGGCGAGGCGGAGGCGGCGGCUCUACGCCGGGACCUACAACGCGCUCGUGACGCACAGCUGCAGGCUGCAGAGGGAACUCACGCACGGCCACGGAAGCAGGUGCGAUCAUUGGAAGCACGACACGAGCGGCAAGAGCAGCAGCAACAACAACAGCAGCAGCAGCACCACCAUCAGCACCUCCAGCAGCAGCAGCAGUGCGCGGUGGAGGCGCCUCGCCUGGCGCUGGCGCCGGGCGGCUGGCAGGCGCUGCACGAGCGCGCCUCGCACCUGGAGCGGGCGCUGUCGGCCCGAGACGCGCGUCAAGCUCGACCUGCUCUCCGCGCUCGGAGACGCCAAGCGCAACAUGCAAAUACAGGAGGGUGUAAUAACGAGACAAGAGAAAGAAAUAGAGGAACUGAAAGCUCAAAUGCUGGCGGUGAUGCCCACGGAGUUCGUGACUCCGGUGAGCGGCGGCGUGUCCAAGCUGCGCCUGUCGGACGGGUCGCCGCUGGACCCCAACGCGUCCGUGUACACGCCCAAGCAGCUGACGCAGUGCUCCGACGCCUGA